GCCGCGGCAGUUGUUGUCCUCUGAGAUUUGGGCUCCGGUUGUGUGGCGGUUCGUCCCGCCGGGCGGGGUGAGGUUACCGCCGAGGAGCUGGAGCGGCAAGGUGGAGCUUAGACACUGGCAGCGAGAUGGACAUCCUGAAGUCGGAGAUUCUGCGGAAGCGGCAGCUGGUGGAGGACAGGAACCUGCUGGUGGAAAAUAAAAAAUAUUUCAAGCGGAGUGAACUUGCAAAAAAAGAAGAGGAAGCAUAUUUUGAAAGAUGUGGCUACAAGAUACAGCCAAAAGAGGAUGACCAGAAGCCACUAACAUCAUCAAAUCCAGUGCUGGAACUUGAACUGGCAGAGGAAAAACUUCCCAUGACUCUUUCUAGGCAAGAGGUCAUCAGAAGACUGAGAGAAAGAGGAGAACCAAUUAGACUCUUUGGAGAAACCGAUUAUGACGCUUUCCAGCGUUUAAGAAAAAUAGAGAUUCUUACACCAGAAGUUAACAAGGGCUUAAGGAAUGAUCUGAAAGCAGCUUUGGAUAAGAUUGACCAGCAGUACUUGAAUGAAAUCGUGGGUGGUCAGGAACCUGGAGAGGAGGACACACAGAAUGACUUGAAAGUUCAUGAGGAAAACACCACCAUUGAAGAGCUAGAGGCACUGGGGGAAUCCUUAGGGAAAGGUGACGAUCACAAGGACAUGGACAUCAUCACCAAGUUCCUGAAGUUUCUUCUUGGUGUUUGGGCUAAAGAAUUGAAUGCCAGAGAGGAUUAUGUGAAACGCAGUGUGCAGGGCAAACUGAACAGUGCUACGCAGAAGCAGACCGAGUCCUACCUCAGACCACUUUUCAGAAAGCUCCGGAAAAGGAAUCUUCCUGCUGAUAUUAAAGAAUCAAUAACAGAUAUUAUUAAAUUCAUGUUACAGAGAGAAUAUGUGAAGGCGAAUGAUGCGUACCUUCAGAUGGCCAUUGGAAAUGCCCCCUGGCCUAUUGGUGUCACUAUGGUUGGCAUCCAUGCCAGAACUGGCAGGGAAAAGAUUUUUUCCAAGCAUGUUGCACAUGUUUUAAAUGAUGAAACCCAGCGGAAAUACAUUCAGGGACUGAAGAGGUUAAUGACGAUUUGCCAAAAACACUUUCCUACGGAUCCAUCAAAAUGUGUGGAGUACAAUGCACUGUGAGAUCUGUGUACGGAUGGACAUAACAAGAAGCCUCAGCAAGCAGCAUGUGGACUUCUGGCCUUAGCACAGCAGCGAAGGAAGAGUUCCAUCACAGAGUUCCAUCGGAUGUACUUCUUGUUGGGUUUAAGAACUGGCUUGACUUUCAUAGGAUAUUGGGUUGCAAACAAGUUUUUGUGUGUUGUUCUCAUUUUAAUCAGUUGAAAAAUUAAGUCCUAAAGCUGAUAUCCAUAGUGUAGACAGAUGUGUAGACAACAGCAGGAAGGGGGUUUGAGGUGACCUUUCUCCCCAAGACCCAAAAUGUAUCAUUAAAUAACUAGAAACAUUUGAGGGCAGGUUUAAAUUUUCUAUAAAUUACCAUGAUUUGCACAUUUUUCUCUUAUGUGGUAUUUAUAGAAAAUAUUUUUGUAUUUCAGCAAAAGUGUGGGACCAUUAAAUGUUCCUUUACAGUUCUUAAAAGUUUUUUGGGCCGGGCGGUGGUGGCGCAUGCCUUUAAUCCCAGCACUCGGGAGGCAGAGCCAGGCGGAUCUCUGUGAGUUCAAGGCCAGCCUGGUCUACAGAGUGAGUUCCAGGAAAGGCGCAAAGCUACACAGAGAAACCCUGUCUCGAAAAACCAAAAAAAAACAAAAAAAAAAAAAAAAAGUUUUUUGGAAUUUUGCCAUCUUGCAGUAGGAUGUAAAUGUUACUGUUAAGUGUUAUUUUUCUUGUGUUUCAGACUUGCUUUGGUUCUGAGUGGAGUACAUCUUAGUAUUUGUCGUAUUUCUGGACAGAUAGAAUUGAUAGAAGGUUGAAAAGCAUAAGUUCACAUUAGUGCAUCCAGGUUAGGGUGAGCAAAUGGGCAUUGGAGCCAGCUGAGUGGCAGCCUCAUGAUGGGGAUGCUGAAGAGGGCGGAGUUCCUGGCUUCACUGUGCCACACGCAGUCCUCACUCUGGUCUCACAGUGUUGCUCUUUGACAUUGGGACCACUCACUGCUGCAGUGCUGAGAGGAUCGGGUUGUUCCGUGACAAGCUGAAUGGUUGUGUCAGAGAAGCAAGAGUGGGUGGGCCCUCAGGACUGGCAGCUCCUCGGCUCCAUGCACUAACAGGACAGCGGUGGACAAGCUCCGUGCACUAACAGGACAGCGGUGGACAAGCUCCGUGCACUAACAGGACAGCGGUGGACAAGCUCUGUGCACUAACGGGACAGCGGUGGACAAGCUCCGUGCACAACAGGACAGCAGUGGACAAGCUCUGUGCACUAACGGGACAGUGGUGGACAAGCUCUGUGCACUAACAGAACAGUGGUGGACAAGUGGUUUCACCUUGCAGGGCUUUGGCUUCCUUAGCUGACGUUGAUGAUAAGAGUACACACCUCGUGUUGUUAUUGUGUAAGUAAAAUGCUGAGCCCGCUGCCUGGUAGAGGACAAGAGAUCAUUAUUAUUGCUUGGCAUGCAUUCUUAUUACGUGUAGACCAAGGGCCUUUAUGGGCCCUGCCCUGUGGCUACAGUGGGAUAGUAUGUACUUGUGCAAUAACAACAAUAAUGACUGCAUUUUCAGCAAUAGUAGUAAAGGAUGGAAUCAUUAAGUUUU